UUAGAGCGGCUUUCGCUCAGUGUAAGUGCGAGCAGGCACGGGAUACUGUUUAGAGGGAGACAUUCCGCCAUUUGCUUUUGACAAGUCGAAACUUUUUGCUUGGGUUAUAUUGUUUACAACUAGCGCCGAAUUGCUGCAUCAGUCCAGCGAAGAUCCCAAACAGUGCGAACUAUGAAGUGAUUAAAAUUGAAGUUUUAAAACAAAAUAGAUUUCAACUGUGUAAACGAAUGCAGUUCUGACAAACCGGAGACAUUGAUAACUAAGUGGUUCCAAUUCUAAGUUAAGCGCAACAAUUUGCCGAAGAAAGAAAAAAUAAACGAAAGUCUAUCGUUCAAUGGAUAAACCGAAUUGCAAAUAUGGAGCCGAUUGUUAUCAAAGAAAUCCAGCCCAUAAAGAGAAAUAUGCACAUCCCUCGAAAUCUACAAACGGUGCCUCGACAAUCGAAGCGUCUUCGGCACAACCGACCAAUAGCUUGAUUAACAAAAGAAUGAAAGAAGAAACCAAUCAACAUUUGGAAGACAUCAAACGGUGCAAACGUCCUCCGACCCCUGAAAAAGAUGUUCACAAUCCUGAGGAAAACGAUGCUUCUUCCGAAUACCAUGGUAUACCUCGUCAAAGCUACACAUUGCCAAAGAUUCCAUUAAGCGUUGGAAUGAUGAGCGAUUUAUACGAUCCACAAAUCGAAUAUUCCAAGCAAGCAGAGUACAAUGAACUGUGCGAUGAUCCUAGAAAUUUCAUCAAACACAAAUUUCUUGUUGAAAUGGCGCCGUGUUUCGAUAGUGUGUGGGAGUUCUGCACCGAACAGGGAGUAAAAGGAGACAUUAAGGCGGAAGAUAUAUUUUUGCCAUUUGGACUAAAACUGGUCGGUCCUUACGAUGUGCUAGCUGGAAAGUUUAAGAAUGUCAAAGUUCAUGAACCGGGUGAUUAUUUACGGCAUUGGCGUUUCUACUAUGAUCCUCCAGAGUUUCAAACUGUGAUGGUACAGAAAGGGACUGGUGUACAUUACGGAUACUGGAGAGACAGCCCAGAUGAUGUGACUGGUUUGGUGGCAUGGAACGAUGUCAAUAAGGGGUGUGAGUUUAAAAUUGUUGGAGAAAACAUGUUCGAUGCACUAAUGCACUAUUUGGAACACGUUGCCACUGUUACUCCAUUCAACAAAAACAAAAUAACAGAAAUGAAAAAGCAUAUCAAUGAAUGGACACGGGAAAAAGGAUUAUGCUUGAACGCUAACAACGAACAAAAAGCUCGUAGUAAACUUAUUGUUUGUAAAACAUUUCACAAAGUCGGGUUAGUUGUGCCUUACGAUAGAAAUACCGACGUGGGCUACAGACCACUACUGGAGAGUGAUGCUAAUCUUCGUACUAUCCUGUCAAAGUUCGACAGACUCGAUCGAUCGGCCAAUGCAAACAAAUAUCAGGAGGCAAUGAAAGAGCUACAACCCGUAAUAACUGCUGCCAAUUUGGCGGUAGAUGAAUGUGACUUCGGAACAAUUCUUGAACUUGCGACGGAUUUAUUCUGUUCCGGAGCGAAAUGUUUAACCGAAGUGAUGAAACCACUAUUUUUUACUGGCUACUCCAUGGCUAAACGUCCACAAUAUAUAGCAAUCAUUAAGUCUCAUUUAGAUAAACGCAAUGAAGGAAUUUCUUUGGAUUUGUUGGCGAACAAUUGAACAAUGUUUAAUAUAUAAUGUUUUCUUACUACAAUGCCUCAACAUAUAUUAACAGAGGCCUAAUAAAUUUACUGUUGCUACUUAAUUGUAUCUUUAAUCUA